CUCCUCUCUUCGACAGCAGCUAUAUCCAAAGACUUGAUCUACCAUGGUCAGAUACGCUGCUACACCCGUCAACCCCGCCAAGGCUGCCAAGUCCAGAGGCUCCUACCUCCGUGUUCACUUCAAGAACACCCAUGAGGUUGCUGUCGCUGUCCAGGGUUUGAAGCUCUCCAAGGCUUACAGCUACUUGAACAACGUCAAUGAGCACAGACAGGCCAUUCCUUUCCGUCGUUUCAACGGUGGUGUUGGUCGCACUGCUCAGGCCAAGGAGUUCGGUACCACUCAGGCCCGCUGGCCCGUCAAGUCCAUCAAGUUCGUCACUGACCUCUUGAAGAACGCCGAGUCCAACGCCGAGUCCAAGGGUUUGAACGUUGAGGAGCUUUACAUCUCCAGCGUCAUUGUCAACCAGGCCCCCAAGCACCGUCGCAGAACUUUCCGUGCCCACGGUAGAAUCAACCCUUACAUGACCUCCCCAUCCCACAUUGAGGUCAUCCUCACUGAGAAGGAUGAGGUUGUCCCCAAGGCUAACGACAAGAAGGUUGUCCGUCUCAAUGCCCGCCAGUUGGCCCGCAAUGCUCGCACCUCUGCUUAAAUAAUAAAAUAAUAAAUUAACAAUAAUAAACGAAUAAAGAGAGAAAGAAAGAAAUAGAGGCAGAGAAGCAGAAUUUUGUAGUUUCAUUCUAUAAUCUUUCUAUAAUUUUUGUUCUUCUUCUUCUUCUUCUUUAUUUGCUUCUUUACUUACUCU